AUGUCUGGCUCUGGGGAGGCUGCGCAUGUGUUGGACGAGGAGGUCAAGUUGUACACAAUUCAUAUAUCGAGCAAGUACCUCAACCUGACGAGGCAAAAGCUCGAACUUACUCGCCUGCCGCACGAUGUCCCUCAUCCCUGCAGGGACGAAUGGUGGGAGCCAAAAUCGACAGUCGAGCCACUGGUAGACUAUUGGCUGGAGAAGUAUUCCUGGCGCGAGCAGGAGGCCGAGUUCAAUGCCAACAUUCCGCAGUUUCGAACCGCCAUCCAAGCAACCUCUUCCGACAGCCCCGUUCGUCUACACUUUAUACAUUCGCGGUCGACGCACGCCAACGCCGUGCCGUUACUCUUGAUACCCCCAUUUCCGUUCACAAACCUAUCUCUAAUGCACCUCAUCAACCUGUUUACCACACCCGACGACCCGGCAAGGGACACGCCUUUCCACCUGGUGAUCCCGUCGCUGCCAGGCCUAGGGUUUAGCGAUCCCAUCACCAGCAACAAGCGCAUGAUUCCGCUCAUUGCCGACAUGUUUGACAGCCUGAUGCAGAGGCUCGGGUAUACGCACUACCUGGCAACCAACGCUGCUCCGUCGCCAAAUUCCAUUUCCGACAUUGACUGGCGAGUCGUCAACCACAUCGCAACGCUGCACCCGGAUUCUUGUCUCGGCGUCCACUUGGUAUCGCCGUCCUUCAAGGCCCCCACGAUGCAAAGCGCACCGUUGGAAUGGCUCAAGUGGAAGACGGCGUCGACAUUUUCGACGCCCAUGCUGGGAUAUUCCCAGGAAGACAUUGUGGCUUUUCGGCAGCAGCCAAAGCAGAAGCAGGUGCCGCUGAUGCCGGGGGUGGGCGGCGUGAGCAAAGUCUUUGAGCCCAAUACGCUGUCGUAUGCGCUGUGUGACUCGCCUGCCGGGCUGCUGCUGUUUAUGCUCAUGGUACUGAGGAUACUGGGGCCCAAGCACGAAUUUUCAAACAAGGACCUCAUUCAGAUGGCCGAGCUAACGUGGCUACCCGGGCCAGAGGGCACGAUGAGGUUGUUGGCGCAUAGUGCGUCGAAUGCGGAUGAUCUGAAACCAGGGUCCAAACGGCCCAAAGUUGGCAUUACCGCUUUUUCAGGGACCGGGGCACGGAACGAAAGGAAUGGACUCGAGCCCAGUGCUGCCCUGCCGACAUCCGGCCCAGAUGUCCAUACGUGUCUUGCCUGGGGCAGAAGCAGAUAUAACAUUGUUUCGUGGCAGCGAGUGCCUGGCAAUGCCGGCUUGUUGGCGUGGGAGAGACCCGACGUGUUGGUUGACGGUGUAAGAAAGUUGACAGGGGUCAUUGUGGCUCACGACAACAGGCUCCAGGAAUCAAAGCAGCCCGGAACUGCGCUCCUGGAGCAAGUCGUCGUCGACGGAGAUGGAGUCGCCCCAGCUGAGACAUCGGGAACCACGAUUCAGGCGCAAGAGACGUCACCGCUGCCGGCGCCUGCAGAUAAGAAGGAUCCUGCCGAGCAGGGCCAAGUCGGCGAGGAUGCAAAGAUGCAGAGACCGCCGACCCCAAUGUUUCCAUUAAUGGGCGAGCCUAGCCGGGAGACAGAGCUGGCUCAGGAUGUAGGGGAUGCCAGUCAGGGGUCAAGUGGGGGCAGUCCUAACACCAUCAGACCGAUGAAGAAGGGUCGUGAAUGA